GGUGGGGGUAUAAUAAGAUGAGUAAAUAUUUUUGCCCCAAACUGAAAAACAUUUUGGAUGAAACUAUAAAUUAUGAAAAAACAUUUCCACUAUUCAGCUAAAUACCGAAAUUUACAAAAUUUUUAUUUUAAAUGCAGCGUUCCAAAAUAAUACGAUAUAAUCGACUAAUCGAUUAAUUUUUACCGAUUCAAUCGAAAUUAACUAAUCACGUGGCUCACUGUGUAUGCCAUCGUGUUAAAGUGACAGAACUUACAGCACGUAUACACAGAAAUGGGGUUUUGUUGUUUUUGUAAGAAAAUAGAGAAAAUACAUUCGUCGGUGCAUUUCUUCAAGUUUCCUAAGCAAAAUUACAAGGAAUGGGUGAAAAAUAUGGGUCGGGAAGAUUGGGUACCAAAGAAGUAUGAUACCUUGUGCUCGGAUCACUUUACCAUCGAUUGUUUUGAUUAUGGAGAAUAUCGGGUUCGAUUAAGAAAAGGAGUUGUACCAACAAUUUUUGGACACAUUGAUAAUGGAAAAAACCAUCAUAAGGAAGCAGUUAUUUUCCCCCGAGAAAUAACCAACUGCAGAAACAAAAACUUGGAUUUAAAAUCUGGCACCAGGAAAUUGAUGCCAAUGAUAUGUUCCGAGACAUCACAGACUCCUUCGUUCAGAUUCCCUGGUUCUCAUGAUUGUGAGCAACGCAAUGGUACUGGAAUACUUUUUAUAGAUGUGAAUAAUACAGAAGAUUCGCAUGGUGAGGAUAAAAUACUGCCAUCUUCGUCGAUUGAAGUGGUAACACCGCGUUCUACAUCUGCGAUACAGGUUACACCAACGACUCGAGAACGUGGGAGACGGUUGGUUCAGCAUGAUCAUCAUUACGUUGACACGCCUGAGACAUUGAGGAAAAAACUAAAUGCUGCUCGUUUACGUAUAUCGAAGUUCCAGUCUGAAAGAAAGUGUUUGGCACAGCAGGUGAAAAGGUCAAAAGUAGUUAUCAAAUCAAUGAAGUCUGUGAUUUUAGCGUUGCAGGAAAAGAAAAUGGUCUCCGAAACAGGUUUGUACAGUCUGCAAGGCAGGGAAUCGAAACCAGCUCAAUUGUUCAUUCGUAUGAUUGAGAAUAAACAAAAACGACAUCAUGUCGAAAAAAGUACCCACUUGAGCUCCAGAGCUUCACUUUAACUGUCCAUUUUUAAUCCCCAAAAACGUAUAAUUAUAUAAUAUAAUAACAUCUGUACUGCGAUUCCAGUACGGUAGUGUCAAUGCAGAACCUGGCUUUUCGGUGGAGUGAUUUAAACCUCUAGAACCAAAAAAAAGAGGCGGGCAAAUCAAAAUAUAAACGUUUGAUUUGAGCAUUGAUGUACGAUGAAAUGGGAAUUAGAAGGACUGCCAAAGAACUUGUCAAAAAUUAGGCUGAGAGAUAAGAAGAAUACUCCAGUUGUUAAAUCUUUACGUAAAACCCGGUUUGUAGGGUUCUGCUCUGCAGUUGUAGCAAUCAUUCUACUAUAUGAGAAGUAUGUUAAACGUGAAGCUGCUCCAUUACAUUAUGUACUUAUGUACAAAGUAAACUACGAUCAUGCUGAGCUUUUUUUUUGUGUCAUGAGGAAUAGGGACGGAUAGUUUUAAAUGGUAUAUUCUAUGUCAUCUUUACGAUUUUACACAACACUACGACACUUUCUUAAAAUAAUUGACUCAAAAGACAUUUGUAUAAUCUGUAUUAGUCUACUGGCAUGCUGACAGCUGAUCAAAAGGAAGCGCAUUUAAGCAAGUCAUUUCACGAAACAGUCUCGGUAGAAAUGUAUUUAUAUUUUAUUGAGUUCUUUACAAUAUUAUUAUUAUGUAUUCUGUAUAAUAUUCCCUUUACAACAUUUCCUUUCUGAUAUUUCGUUCUAUUAUAAUACUGUUCGUGCAAUAUGUAUUUUUUAGUCUUCGUAUUCUGAUUUCUCACACCAUGUUUCACUGAAAAUAUCAAGUUGAUUUAUUUUAUUUGGUUUGCUACUAAACAAUAUUUUAAUUAAUUCGUUUUCUUUUUAUAGAAUGUACAUCAUCAUACUAUUUUAAUGUAUCAUUUAUAAUAUUCUCUUAAUAAUGAUUCCUAUAUAAAUAUUUUUCUUAUAAUAUUUCGGUAAUUCCUUUUUAAUACCGUUUAUAAAAUAUAUAUUUUUCGUUCUUGAUAUCCUUGUUUACAACCCCCAUUUGUCAUCCCAAAUACCAAGGUAAUUUCUUUUAUCAUGGUUUGUUAUUAAGCAAAAUAUUUAUUGUUUCGUUUUAUUUUCUAAAUACUUUCUGCAGUGGAUACUUGUUGGUAUUGAUUUCUCCAAUAACAUUAUCGCUCAAGAGUGCAAUAUUGUAUUUUCUAAAUUGCUGGUAAAGACGCAUCUUCAAUGUUAAACCUAUAGAGUAAAGUUCGAAGGCGGAAAUUUCGGAUGUCUGAAUGUCCAGAAAUUGAGCUUUGACGUCGACGAAAUUUUUUUUCUCUAGUGACGUUAUCGAUAACCGGCGGCGAUGAAAAUCAGUUAGUCGAAUUCCUCAGUCCGAAUAUAAACGCCCAGUAGAGCGCUCCGUAGAUUUCGAGCACCAGAUCCUCUACCUCUUGGAUCCUGCGCUCUGGGUCGUCUACCUGGUGAAUCUCGACUUCCAGGACUCGCGAUCUGUAGUUCCUGGCCUUCGGGUCUUAUAUCUAGUUACUUUUAAAAAUGUCAAUGAUAUGAAUAAUGUCGUCUAAAUUUUGUUUGCGAAAUUCACAGAGGUGUUAUCAAUCUG